CAGAAAUCAAAGUCCUUCCUUGAUGAGGGAUCCUGGACUGGACAUGCCCUUUUCUGGGCUUUGGUCUUCAUCUGAGCACAUGAUGCACUCCACUGCAGGAUUCUUUACACAUCUGUCUCUCCCCUCACAAUGUGGUUGAAAAUGUGGUGGCUACUUGUAACAAUGUGUUUCAUCCACAUGUCUGGAAAUUCAUUUUGUUUCCUUGGAAAAAAAGCGGUGAACCCUGAAGCCAACAUGAAUAUUAGUCAGAUGAUUUCCUACUGGGGUUACCGAAGUGAAAUGCAUAAAGUUAUAACUGCAGAUGGUUACAUCCUUCAGCUCUAUCGGAUUCCUCAUGGGAAGAAUGAUGCUAAUCAUUUGGGUCAGAGACCUGCUGUGCUUCUGCAGCAUGGUUUCCUAGCAUCGGCCACAAAUUGGAUUUCCAACCUACCCAGCAACAGCCUGGGCUUCCUCCUGGCGGAUGCUGGAUAUGAUGUGUGGCUGGGAAACAGCAGAGGAAAUACCUGGGCCAGGAAAAAUUUAUACUAUUCACCAGACUCAGCUGAAUUCUGGGCUUUCAGCUUUGAUGAAAUGGCUAAAUAUGACCUUGUAUCCACAAUCAACUUCAUUUUAAGUAAAACUGGACAGGAGAAGCUACACUAUGUUGGCCAUUCCCAGGGCACCACCAUUGGUUUUAUCGCCUUUUCUACAAAUCCCACGCUGGCUAAAAAAAUCAAAGCCUUCUAUGCAUUAGCCCCAGUUGCCACAGUGAAGUAUACCAAAAGUCUGUUGAAUAAACUUGCACUCAUUCCUCCCUUCCUCUUCAAGAUUCUAUUUGGUAACAAAUUGUUCUACCCACACAAUUUUUUGGAAAAAUUUCUUGGUGCUGAAGUGUGCUCCCGUGAGAUGCUGAAUGUCGUUUGUAGGAAUGCCUUGUUUGCCAUGACUGGAUUUGAUAAGAAAAAUUUGAACAUGACUCGCUUAGAUGUGUAUCUAGGACAUAAUCCAGCAGGAACUUCAGUUCAAGAUGCCCUCCACUGGAGUCAGGCUGUUAAGUCUGGGAAAUUCCAAGCUUUUGACUGGGGAACCCCAACUCAGAACAUACUGCAUUAUAACCAGGCCACACCUCCCAACUACAAUGUGACAGCCAUGGAUGUACCAAUUGCAGUAUGGAGUGGUGACCAUGACCUGUUGGCUGACCCUCAGGAUGUUGGUCUUUUGCUUCCAAAACUGUCUAAUCUCAUUUACCACAAGGAAAUUCCUACUUACAAUCACUUGGACUUCAUCUGGGCAAUGGAUGCACCUCAAGAAGUUUACAAUGAAAUCAUUUCUAUGAUGGCAGAAGAUAAAAAGUAG